AUGGCAAGUACUGUAAGUGAACGUGUGGUGGUCGUAGGAGUAGAUGAUUCAGCUCAUAGCUACCACGCACUCGAGACGGCUCUCGACCUCUUCUUCAUACCUUUCAAAUCAAACCCACAAUUCAAACUCGUCGUCAUUCACGCCCGACCCACCGCGACCUCAGUCAUCGCCGUUGCCGGUCCCGGAGCCGUCGAUAUAAUACCGAUUGUGGAACAAGAUUUGAACAACACUGCGGAAUUGGUCAAGAAGAAGUGUGCCGAAGUGUGCUCCGCUAAAUCUGUUGAGAUCGCGUCUUCGGAGGUUAUAGAAGGAGAUCCGAGGAAUAUAAUGCUGGAAGCAGCGGAGAGACAUCAUGCGUCUGUUCUUGUUCUUGGAAGCCAUGGUUAUGGAGCUGUCAAGAGGGUGUUUUUGGGGAGCGUGAGUGACUACUUAGCUCAUCAUGCUCAUUGCUCCGUUAUGAUCGUUAAGAAGCCUAAAAAGAAGAAUUGUUCUGUUGAAGAGAUUAGAAAAGCUUAUAGGAAGCUGUCCUUGAAAGUUCACCCGGACAAGAACAAGGCACCAGGCUCAGAGGAAGCGUUUAAGAAAGUCUCGAAAGCGUUUACGUGUUUGAGCGAUGGGAACUCGAGAAGCCAGUACGAUCAGGUGGGAUUUGUUGACGAGGUCGAUCAUAUCCAGAGGCAUAGUAAUCGUGGUAGGCCAAGGAGGAGGUAUCAUACACGGCAUGAGUUUUUCGAUGAUGAGUUUGAUCCCGACGAGAUAUUCAGGGCGUUUUUUGGUCAGCAACGAGAUAUGUUCCGUGGUUCUCAUGCUUAUAGGACUAGGCAAGCGCGAGACCAACACCGAGAAGAGGAGCCUAAUGUGGCUGUACCAAGCUGUUUGACGAUUAUUCAGAUCAUACCGUUCUUGCUUCUUUUGGUGCUGGCUUAUCUACCUUUUUAUGAGCCGGACUAUUCUCUGCACAAGAACCAGUCUUAUCAGAUACCAAAGACGACGGAGAAUAUGAAGAUUAGCUUUUAUGUUAGAUCAUCAUCAGCGUUUGAUGAGAAGUUUCCGCUCGGUAGCUCUGCUCGAGGUAACCUUGAGGGCAACGUGAUCAAAGACUACAGAAACUUUCUUUUCCAGUCCUGUCGCAUUGAGCUCCAGAAACGGCGGUGGAACAAGAAGUUGCCUACCCCUCACUGCAAUGAACUUCACGAUCGUGGAUUUGUCGAUAGGUAA